CAAGGUAAGGCUAUGGUAUAAAAGAACCUGCCAGUUACACUUGUAGCCUUUCCUGCUGUACUUCGCUAGCAAAAUGAACUUUGUCCUUCUCUUUCUUCUGGCAACAGUUGGCGCAGUGAGUGCCGCCACCAGUGCCCCCUUCCGGAACUUAUGGCAAUUCCAUAACAUGAUCAAAUGCACCAUUCCGAGUAGUGACCCACUGAAGGAUUACAGUAACUAUGGCUGCUACUGUGGCCUUGGCGGCAGCGGGACCCCAAUGGAUGACCUGGACAGGUGCUGCCAGAUUCAUGACAACUGCUAUGGAGACGCCCUUAAACACCGUGACUGUAAAUUCCUCAUGGACAACCCCUACACAAAGACCUACACCUACAGCUGCUCUGGCAGUGCUAUCUCCUGCAGUGAAGAGAACGACACCUGUGCAGCGUUUAUCUGCAACUGUGACCGAAGUGCUGCCAUCUGUUUUGCGGGAGCUUCAUACAAUGAAGAAUACAAGAAACUGGACACCAGCAAACACUGCAAAUGAAAUUCAUCUUGCACCUGUGCACAGAAACAAAACUUUUGCCCAGUUGUUGCGCAGGCUGUUUUCCUGAGCUGGAUCUCACAAACACUUUUGGGCACAACAGAAAGGACGGAGUUAGUGAUAUGAGGAAGUAUGUGUUAAGGUCUCCUUACAGCAAAGGGAUUGCUCUUUAAUAAAAUUAGGCAUCUAAA